UUAAAAAGACAAAAAAAAAAUUAAAAAGAUUUACUUUUUUCACACCAGGUGAUGACUCAAGACUUGAAGCCCAUAGAGGUUAAAUAGUGCUGUAGGAUUAAUGCAGCGGGCAAGGGGCUGGAGCAGGAAUAUUUGAGCCCAGUAUUGGCUCAUUGGAGAGGAGACCUUCUAGCACCUUUUCAGAGGGCCCCGCCCAGAGAGCCUGGGAGUUUAAACCUUUCAGGACGAGCAGAAGCUGUUUUCCUACAAGAGCGGGGAGUGAGAAGGAGGCAAGGCAAGCACAGGGCUGAUGCCUCUGGGUCAGAGAGAAGUCCCCAUGGCUGAAGCUUCAAACCCAAGGGACGGGCUUGCCAAGACUUGAGGCUGGAGAGUUAGGCAGGGGCCAGAUCGACUGGGUUGGCAGGCCAGCUCUGAAGUUUGUUCCUUUUUCCUGAGGCAAUAGGAAGCCAUUAAGCAGGGCGGUGACACGAUCUGAUUUAUACCAUAAAAGAUCUCUUGGGCUAUGGGUGGAGAACAUAUUAAGGGAAACCUAGAGAGGAAGAAGCUUGGAGACACCUGGCCUACUCUGUGUUUGGAGAAGAGAGGGAGCAAACGUGGUGCCCCGAAGUAGCCUCGUUAGAGAAGAAGUAUUGUUCCGAGCCAGGUGGACCAGCCAACUCAGGGAGAGAGAAGUGUCUCCAGGCUUCAGACCCUGCCUCCACUUCUGAAAGGUUUUGGAAAUCCCUUGUCUCCAGGUUGCUGGAAUUGACUUCUUGCUCAACUGAAUCACUCACCCGAUGGAGACAAAGAGAACUAAUGCUUUGUGCUGACUCAUCUCUGAAUCAAAGCACCAGGGAGUCUGUCUGCCUCGUUUGUGGAAGGAUCCAGUGAUAGCCUCUAUCACUGAGCUUCCUAAGACUUCUGAAGAUAAGAAGUUGGAGGAAUACACAUUUUCUUUUGCAUUUUUAUAACAAAUCUUUUGCUCUAGUUUUGAAGCCUCGGGCUGCCGGGUGCGUGCUGAGUGACAAGUCUUUACAAGUGGCCUUAUUCCAACUCCAGAGAUUCCUCAGCCGGAUUCUUAUUUUAUAUACAAUCCUGAAGAGACAGGAAACAUGCCAACGCAGUCCCUCUUGGUGUAUAUGGACGGACCAGAAGUUAUUGGCAAUUCUCUUGGCAGCCAGAUGGAGAUAGAUGAUGCCAUGACAAUAAAAGGGGCCACCACGGUUCCUUUCAGAGCCACGCAGGAGAAGAACGUGAUCCCGAUGGAAGGGUACAUGCCCUUGGACUGCAUGUUUUGCAGUCAGACCUUCACACGUUCGGAAGACCUCAAUAAACACGUCUUGAUGCAACAUCGGCCCAUCCUCUGUGAGCCCGCCGUCCUGCGAGUGGAAGCCGAGUACCUGAGUCCUCUUGACAAAGGUCAAGUGAGAGCGGAACCUCCAAAGGACAAGAAUUGCAAGGAAAACGAAGAAUUUAGCUGUGAAGUGUGUGGGCAGGCGUUCCGAGUCGCUUUCGACGUCGAGAUCCACAUGAAGAAACACAAGGACUCGUUCACUUACGGGUGUACCGUGUGCGGAAGGCGAUUCAAGGAGCCGUGGUUUCUGAAGAAUCACAUGCGCACACACACUGGGAAGUCGGGGGCCAAGAGCCGGCUGCAGCAGGGCCUGGAGAGCCCGGCGACCAUCAACGAGGUGGUGCAGGAGCACGCGGCCGAGAGCGUCUCAUCUCCCUACAAGAUCUGCAUGGUUUGUGGCUUUCUGUUUCCAAAUAAAGAAAGUCUCAUUGAUCACAGGAAGAUGCACACCAAAGAAACGGCUUCCUCCGGCGGCGGCGGCGGCGGCGCGCAGGCGGAGUGUCGGCCGGAGGGCGCGCCGUCCCCGGGCCAGGAGUUGCUGCAGUUUUUAAACUUAAGACCCACGUCUCACCCCGAGGUCGCCAAGAAGCCGGCCAAAUGGAUCCCCCAGCUGGACCCGUUCACCACCUACCAGGCCUGGCAGCUGGCCACCCGGGGGAAGGUGGCCGUGUGCCGGGAAGUGAAGGAGCAGCCGGGCCAGGAAGGGAGCACGGACAACGACGAGUCCUGUUCAGACAAAGAAGAGCUGGGGGAGAUUUGGAGCGGGAGUAAAAGCCAUCCCGAAGCUUCUGCAAAGUCCAAGACGAGCAAAAGCGCUUGUCCAGGCCUCUCGCAAGAUAAGGAGAAGCCUCGACACCCCACCGGUGAAGUGCCUUCCGCCGACGCCGACCCCAAGGUAUCCACUAACAAGGAGAAGCCGACGCACUGCUCCGAGUGCGGCAAAGCUUUCCGAACCUACCACCAGCUGGUCCUGCACUCCCGGGUGCACAAGAAGGACAGGAGGGCGGACGCCGAGUCGCCGACCAUGUCAGUGGACGGGAGGCAGCCGCCGACGUGUUCCCCCGACCCGCCCCCCAGCCUGGAUGAGAAUGGAGCCAUGGAUCGAGAGGGGGGCUCCGAGGACGGGUCCGAGGAUGGGCUUCCAGAAGGGCUCCACCUGGAUAAAAAUGAUGAUGGAGGAAAAAUAAAGCAUCUUACAUCCUCAAGAGAAUGUAGUUAUUGUGGAAAGUUUUUCCGUUCAAAUUAUUACCUCAAUAUUCAUCUCAGAACGCAUACAGGUGAAAAACCAUACAAAUGUGAAUUCUGUGACUAUGCUGCAGCCCAGAAGACCUCUCUGCGGUAUCACUUGGAGAGACAUCACAAGGACAAGCAGGUGGACGCCACCGCCGAAGUCAAGAGCGACGGGAAAACCCAGGAGACCGAAGAUGCACUUACAACCGUUGACAGUGUGCAAACCAAAAAUUUGAAAAGAUGUUUUGAUGGUGCCAAAGAUGUUAAAGGCAGCCCACCUGCAAAGCAGCUGAAGGGGGUGGCCCCUGCCUUGCAGACCGUUCUGGGCAGCACUGUCCUCGCACCAGUACACAAAGAUACUCAGGAUUUCAGGAAGAAUUCAGCUGACGACAGUGCCGAUAAAAUGAGCAAAAAUCCUGCUCCUGCUUAUUUGGACAGGUUAAAAAAGAGAACAGCCAUUGAACCUCAGGCAAACAACCUCAUCUGUAGGACAGAAGUGGACACCCCCUCUCCCCCCGAGGGCAGUGCUGCCCAUCACGGCCCAGUCAGCCACAGAGAGAAGAAAGCGGAGGCCUCGGACUGCAAGUACCAGCCAGGCCCAGACUGUCAGGAAAAACCCUUGAACUUGUCCCUCGGGCCGCUCCACGGUUGCCCGGCAGUUUCUUUGGGUAAAAGUGUAACCACAAGUACCACCUGCCCGUUUUGUACCUUCAAGACGUUUUAUCCAGAAGUCUUAACCAUGCACCAGAGACUGGAGCAUAAAUACAAUCCUGAAAUCCAAAAAAACUGUCGAAACAAGUCUUUGCUGCGAAGCCGGCGGACAGGAUGCCCACCUGCUCUGCUAGGAAAGGAUGUGCCCCCCUUGCCUAAUUCCUACAGGCCCAAGCCCAAGCCCACCUUCCCGGCGCAGCCCAAACCCCUGCCCGCCGAGAAGGCGAAGCCUGCGCCCCCGGGGCCUGGCGGCAAAGCCCCUCCGACUUCAGGGAUCGACCCCAGCACUUUAGCCCCAAGCAACCUGAAGUCCCAUCGGCCGCCGCAGAGUGUCGGGGGCCCCGGGGCCCCGGCCACCAGGCCGGCCUCCGAGAUGUUCGCCAAAACCAGCGUGUCCCCGGCCCCGGAUAAAAGCAAGAGGCCCGAGCCCAAGCCCAAGCCUCCCGCUGGGGCCCCAGCUCCGGCCGCCCCGGGCGCUGUCAACGGCUGCGCCGACCACCCCCCCAAGAAUGACGGCCCCUGGGCGCCCCCGGCCAGAGACUACUUCUGCGGCCGGGCUGGCGCCGAGCUGGGCGAGCCGCUCCCCAAGAGGCCGCGGCCGGAGCAGCCCGGCCCCCACUACCGCCGGGGCUUCGACCUCCCCAAGUACCACGUGGUCCGCAGCCUCACGUCGCUGCUGCCCCCCGAGUGCGUGUGCCCGCCGCCCACCAUGCUGCCUGCCAAGCCCCGCUUCCUGGGCGCCGGCGAGGCCGACGCAGCUGGGGUGCUGACCGCGCAGAAGUCCUUCGCCGGGGCCGGCCUGUACGCCUGCGGCCCCGCGGGCCCGGUGGCCGGCGCGGCGCUGGAAGGAAAAAGGCCUGUGUCCUAUCAACACUUGUCUAGCAGCAUGCUACAGAAGCGAAACUAUGAGAAUUUUAUUGGGAACGCACAUUAUCGACCAAAUGACAAAAAAACUUGAUUUCCUGUUUUGGGGACAAAAGGUCUUGAUGGAUGUAAGUGUGUACUCUCCACGGAAUCAAAUCAGUUCAUCCUUUGAAAAAGCAACUGGUGAAAGCUACUGAAAUAAGCUGUGAUUGUACUGUACAUACAACAUACAAGGAACACUACGGUUUUGUAAAGUUGUUCUGUUAACUUUUGUACCAAAUAGCAAUAAAAACUAGUUGGAACAGCUGGGUUGUACACAAAUGGAGACCGGACAUCUCUAUUUUGUCCUGAAUAAUAUUUUUUUUAGAAUUGACCAAAAAAGAAGUUUUUUGCAUACUUGAGCGCUGCUGAAAAGAAAUCCUUUGGGGCGGGGGGUGGGGAGAAAGUAUAUACUGCUUGCACCUCAGGUAAAAAUGUGUAAAUAUAUGUUGUAAACCUGCUUGUUUAAAUACUGUGUGUAUUCUUUUUCUCUAAUGUAGCUCAUCACGCUGAGCAAGUUUCUGCUACUUGUCCUCUUUCAUUUAAAAAUGUACGUUUUUUAAAAAAAUUUCUCAAUGAUUUGUAUUAUGUUAAAUCCUCCUCAGUCUAUUGUCUUAACAAAAAAGUGUAAACGGAAGCAUCGACCAUCUGUGAACACGUGCUGCGCAUACUGAGGUCAGCUCUUCUGAAUUUGGUGCCCUUUUCCUGCACAUUUCAGUCUGUCUGUCACCUGAGAGAGGCCCAGACCCACAAUCCUUUCCUGAGGGGACCGGUGGUGGUUCGUGGGGAGUUUUACAGUGUGUGCGUCUGCGGAGAAACUUCCCUCCGCCAGGCCGGCCACACGUGCGGUAAACGUACCAGAGUGCAUACGGAGUUACUGAAAUUUGUUUUCUAUCCAAUUAAUCAUUUUUGUUGGACAACUUGUGGGCCGUUUGUUUGGCCUUUGCCUAAAUUAGCAUGUCGAAAUAGAAAUGCUCAAUUCUACCUGUGACUGACUGAUAUUGGAAGCAAUUUCAAAAGCAAUGAAAGUUCUGGGGAAACGGUAGGUCUGUACUUGGACGUCUUGGUGUGUCUGGCGAUUGGGUUAACUGGGCGUGUUCAGGCUCGUUGCAGAGACACGGUUCUGCAGGCUGCAGGCGCCAGGCCCGCUGGCCGAGCGCUCGGGCCCUCUCUCGGGCUGCCUGAGCCUGCUGGGCCUCGGGGAGGAGGUGCCCUCUUUUGAGAGCUCGGCCGCCUGCCCAUUCCUGGUGGUUUCCCGCGGCGUACCUGCAGUUGGAGUUCCGUGGAGAGGCUGGCCACCAGCUGGCUCGCUGGCUGUUGUAAACUUCUCUUCCCGCCAUCCACUGUCCGUGGCUGGGUAUAGGGCAGUACCUGGGGUUCGCGACCACAAAAUACUUCAUUAAGAAACCUGCUUCAGACAUAAAUUUGCACUGUUCGUUUUUCUUGCCCUGCCCUUCUCCAUUAGAGCGAGGGUGAUGUCCUAAAAGAAUCUUGAUUUUUGUGUUUAUUUUCAUUAUGCGACACGACUCCUACUUGACAGAGACGUCUUAACCCCCUCGUGAGAAGGGAGGCCUGACUUGAGACCGUCUGCUGGCACCUGCAACAAAGUGCUUUGUACCGGGAAGGCGUACACUGUCGACCUGUUCUCCUGUUCACAAGCUGAGCCAUAUGUACAUAAUCUAGAUUUUUGUUUUCAUAGUUUUGCACUUUUAUAGCCUAUUUUUGAAGAUUAACACAUUUUCAAGAUGAUUGACCCUGUCCUUACCUAAUCCAAUGAGUGUUACAGAGAGCUUGCUGUGACGAGAAGUAUAAAUCUUAAAAGGGGAUACAUGAUAAUAGAGGGCUGAAAUUUAAAUCUGUAUUUAAAAAAAAAAAUCACCAAAUCUAUUUGAAAACAAGUCAAUUCAUGUUAUGCUGAAAUUUUGGGGGCUUUCAGAUUUCUCCUUUUUAACCACAUUUCUGAGUGAAUAAUAAAAAUAAGUUUUGUUUUUUUUUUUUUCCACAGCCCUUGUACUCCAAAAUUUUUUUUUUUUUUUUUUUUUAGUCCAUCAGUAUUAACUAUUGGGAUACUACUGGUUUUGUUUUUUUUUUUUUUUUUUUUUGAGACAGCAGUACAUAUAAUAGAGGUACAGUGCGUUGGAUUUUUGUUUAUGUAUUUAUUUCAUUCCAGUUUGAUUUAUUUUAAUUGUCGAUACUUGUCAAACAGUAGACAUUACUUGUUUUAUUUAUGAUAUAUUUCAGCUUAAAGUUAUGUUAUUAUAUGUGGAUGUAAAUAUAGAUUUGGUGUUUUGCA